AGGUUCCCAGAGGAUGGGUGCCGAUGCCAAAUUCCGGGCCACAAGUCGCAGCAAUGGAUGGGCCUGUCCUCCUCACCCCUUCCAUCCUUAGGAGUUUUAUUCUUCAUACACAUUGUGACGCACAUCGCUGCGGUGUCAAUCAACCCAGCAGAUGAUAACGUCAUUGAACGAUUUAGGACAAACAAUAAAAAAUUACCUGUGCUGGAUCGACGGAAGCACAAACACGCCAUAGAGAAUCAACAUUGCUAUAUAUGUGAAGUUGACGUAGGAUCAAGGUCUAAACAUUGCAGCGCUUGUAACAAAUGUGUAGCAGAUUUUGACCAUCAUUGUAAAUGGUUGAAUAAUUGUGUAGGAGGGAAGAAUUACAGGUUGUUCAUUGUGACGUUACUUGUGGCGUUCAUCGGGUGCCUGCUUAUAUUUGGCCUAUGCAUAUUCCAGUUUGUAGCCUAUUACACAGACAAAGAGAAUGGGCAUCUUCUUAAACAGUAUUCAGAUUUUAACAGUGCACAUGCUGAAAUCACAAACCUCACAGUGUUAGCUAACAUGAAUAACAGUACAGCAGCACCAGAGUUUAAACUAUUAUAUUUAUUGGUCCCGGAUGAGGCUUGGCUGUCAGUUCUGGGGGUCACAGCAAUCUUGGUGCUUUCUGGGGCAAUACUUUUAGGGCAUCUUCUGAUAUUCCAUGUAUAUCUGAUGUGCAAAGGGAUGGGAACAUACGACUAUAUCGUUGAACAGAGAGCUGAAGCUGAAAAAGAGGCUCGCGAUAAAGACAUCGAUCUUGAAGAACCGCAAUAUGAAUAUAAUAGCAGACAUAAAAAGAGGAAUAGGGUUGAACCGGAGGAAAGACAGGGGCAGACUCAGCUACAGGAGGACAGUGGAGAGGAGACAAGAGAACAAACUAGACAUUAUGGCGGAAGUUUCCGGGAGUACGAGAAUGCACUGAGUGAGGCGAUGUCAGAGGAGCAGAGAGAGAGAGGAGAAACCCCACCCCCUCCUAGCAACCCUCCCCUUCCAGUGGAAUCACCCCCACACAGCCCUAGGGGCAAGAAAAUGAAAAAGAAGAAAAAGCGAAAGAAGAUGGUGUCACAAAAGAGACCCCUUGAAAGGACAGAAAGUGCUGAACAAGACACGUCAUUUCAGUUAAGGUCGUCAAACAAGAGGAAUUCUAAAGGUCAUGUUGCUGAGACAGAUCUGCCCUUAGGGGGGACAGGAGUAUAUACCCCGAGGGGUUACACGGCGAGGCUUGAUAUGCCUCUUACCCCAAUAACAAUUAGAUCCCCUCCAUCUCCAGAAGUUCCGAUAAAACCUGCCAUGGCAACGGGAGAAUAUCAUAGUGACUCCGCCGAAUCUUUAAAUGAAAUUCCACUCAAUCUUACUCGCGCUGGCUCCAUAUAUGGGCAAUCGCAGCAAAACAGGAAUAAUUUGCAGUAUCAGAAUUUGCAGUCCUCAUCCUCUGCAAAACUCCUUCCAAAUAGGACUAAAAAUCCAGAUGAACUAAAUGAGGACCAUGAAGAUGAAAUAAGGACUCCAAAACCUGCAAAAAGGAAAACAAAAUCUGGGUUUAGUCCAGAAGAAAGUUUCAAUACAACUACAAAGUUUGCAGUUAAUGUGACAGCCAAAUGUGACAAGGAUGGGUCUCUUAUAUAUGGCGAUAAUGAACAAGAUAAGAAAACAUUACCCAUAACUCCUAUUCCACAAAGGAGGUCCCCUAAAGUGCCUCCUCUGGAUUUGUCAGCUUUAAAGCAAGGCAGUGCUAGUGAAGAAGAAGAGACGUGAAAUCUUGACCAAUGAAAAAAUUCAUGUGUUUUUUCAUGAAAAAAUAUGAGAAAAGGAAUUAAUAGGAAGAAUCAGAUCUUACUUCAAUAUGUGCAGAUUUCAGAAUGGAUAUCUUCAUCAUAGGAAAAUACUAUGAAAUGCACCUUUGGAAAUACAAAUUUUCCAUCAAGUGAAAAUGUGAAUUUCUGAAAGAUAAGCCACAUACCAACAAACUUAAAGUUUCUAUGAAUGUUCAUCUCUCU